AUGAAGAAAUCAAUCCUGGUGAUAGGGGGAACAGGUGCCCAAGGGGUGCCCGUCGUCAAAGCCUUCGCCUCCGACUCCGAAUACACGAUCCGUGUCCUCACCCGCAGCUCCUCCUCGAAAGAAGCCAACGAACUCUCCGCCCUCCCCGGCGUAACCAUCUUCGAAGGCAACCCCUACGACGAGCCCACCCUCUGCCAAGCCAUCCGCGGCAUGAACUACAUCUUCGUAAACACCAACGGCUUCGCCAUCGGCGAGAAAUCCGAAAUCUACUGGGGCCUACGCAUGUACGAGCUGGCGCGCGAAUUCGGCGUCGAACACUUCAUCUACGCGAGUCUCGAGUACGGGUCGAAACUAGGGCAGUUCAACCGCAAAUACCGGUGCGGCCAUCUCGACGCAAAGGGGAAGGUGGCGGAGUUUAUCGCCGCGCAGACGACGGAGUCGAUGGCGUGGUCGAUUCUCACGUCGUGUAUGUACCUCGAGGGAUUGUCGGAGAUGUUGCGCCCGUUUCCGGACCCGGGGGAUCCGGGGACGUUGGUUUUUGCGGCACCGUUGGGGACGGCGAGGUGUCCGCUUAUUCAUUUGGAGGAUUAUGGGUGGUAUGCACGGUGGAUUGUUGGUCAUCCUACGCGGAGUAACGGGUUGAAUUUGCAUGUUGCGACGGAGGAUAUCGGGUGGAAGGAUCUCGCUGUGGCGUUUACGGAGUUCACGGGCCAGAAAGCAGUGUAUAAGGACGUGACACUGGAUGAGUAUUUCCGGCUGGGCGUGUUUUCAGAACCGGACGCGAAACUGGGCCAUUCGGUUGAUCCGCUCGAUACGACGCUGUUUACUUAUCGAGAGAACUUCUCCGGGUUCUGGAAUGUCUGGAAAGACGAGUUGACGAAACGGGAUUAUAAAUUGCUGGAUGAGAUCUUGCCGACGCGGGUCAAGAGUGUUCGCGAGUGGAUGGAGAAGGUGGGAUAUUCUGGGAAACCUACGUCUAUCUUGAAGGAUUAUCGGGAUAAUAGCAGUCGACAGUCUGGUGUUAAGGUUGAUUGA